GUGGCGCACAGGUGCCUUUGCUGAUCCUGAGCUCUUCCCACUGCGCCUGCGUCCCACAACACGCUGACACACAAACAGAGGAGCUAUUGUUGGCAGAGGACUGGGCAGCAGUCCGCAGGUUCGGUCAGGGUUUAUCUUACCUGUGGAGAUUUCGUGUGAGUUAUUUUCAAGUUUCAAGAGAAAAAGAAAAGAAAAGAGCAGAAGUCAGAACUUGACUGCGCGCAGGUGAGGAGAGGGAAAACAAGUGUUGGCGGAAGGAGGACACCGAGGAGGAAGUAAAUAAGGACGAACCCGACCGUUGGGCUCUGAACUCAACAGGUCAGCCUCAUCUUCGGUGUCUUUCAAACGGAGCGGCUCGAAGCGACGACAGAAACAUGCCGUACGGACCGUGGAAGAAGAAAAACAAGGCGACGAAGGAGCACUUGGUCGAAAACGAGGAGUUGAGCGGCGGACACGCAGGUGCUGGGAGCCUGGGUAAAUCCGCCGUGAACGGAGCGGGGCUCCCACCUCCACCUGCCAGCUUGCGGCCCAAGCUGGUGUUCCACACGCAGCUAGCGCACGGCAGCCCCACCGGGAGGAUCGAGGGAUUCACCAACGUCAAGGAGCUCUACGGCAAGAUAGCAGAGGCGUUCAAUAUCAGCCCUCCUGAUAUCCUGUUCUGUACCCUCAACACCCACAAGAUUGACAUGGAGAAGCUGCUGGGGGGGCAGAUCGGCCUGGAGGAUUUCAUCUUUGCCCACAUUAAAGGGAUCAAAAAGGAGGUGGAAGUGUAUAAAUCUGAAGACGCCCUUGGCCUCACCAUAACCGACAAUGGAGCAGGCUAUGCCUUUAUAAAACGAAUUCGAGAGGGCAGCGUCGCAGACGAGGUGAAGGUGAUCUGCGUGGGCGACCACAUAGAGUGCAUCAACGGACGCAACAUCGUCGGGACGCGGCACUACGAGGUCGCCCGCAUGCUCAAAGACCUUCCCAAAAACACGACCUUCACCAUCAAACUGAUCGAGCCCAUGAAGGCUUUUGAGAUGCUUGAGCCCAGGUCAAAGGGCAGCAAGCCGGGCAACGACAAUAAGAUCGGCACGGGGAGGAGCACGCUGAGACUUCGCUCCAAAGGUCCGGCCACAGUGGAGGACGAGGUAUUUCAUCCUUAUUUUGUCCUUAUAUAACCAGCCACACAGUGA